AUGAAUGACUUCGACAUCGCGAAUUUUGAAAAGUUAAACACGACAAGCAGCUACGAGGCUGAAGACAAAGUCAAGAACAGAUUGCACCAAGACCUAGUUUAUCGGGAGUAUCCGGUUACUAGCGAGAAUAAUCAAAUACACCACCUGGCGAGCGCUCGAGGACUUACCAAAUAUGAAUUCGGACCAAAAUCUUUGGACGAAUUAAGAAAUGAACAGAUGCGCCUACAAAAGUGGGGCUCAAAAUUUGCUGGAGCGAACCAAGUUUUGAAAAAUGAACUGGAAGCGCUCAAAGCUGAGUUGCAGCGAGCAUACGAGGUGGAUCCGUUGAGAAGUGGGCAACAUGUGACUAAGGAGGCUUACGAUCUAUUAUCGCAUCAGUACGAUGUAGUCAAGCAGGAGCUGACUAAACUUCAGACCGAGAAGGGACUUGCGUCGGACCAUCUCCACAGACUGAAAUUGGCGAAGACGCAAGCGAACGAGCAACGGUGA